CUGUACUUGGCAGUGCAGUCAUACUCCUGUUUAUUGUUGAGGUGCCUGCUUACCAGUAGGGGUGAUCAUCACUUUUGGCAUGUAGUAACACAACCGGCUCCCACCCCCCACCUCAUUGCCGAACUUCAAGCAGAAGUGCGGGGCUACGAGGUGCACUGCACGACGAUACGGAACCAAACCACUGGAAGUGAAGGUGGAAGGAGGACCACCGCCAAGGCAAUGACCGUCUGACGGCGCCAUGAACCCCGAGGAGCAGACCGUAACGUGGUUGAUAUCACUGGGAGUGCUCGGCUCCCCCAAGAAGAAGAUCGCCGACCCGGAGGAAUUCUUGAAAACCUCGCUGAAGGAUGGCCUCGUCCUGUGCAAGCUGGUGGAGAGGCUUGUGCCCGGCUUCACCGCCAAGUACUGCCCGGAGCCCCGAACCGAAGCCGACUGCAUAGGCAACAUUCGAGAGUUUCUGAGAGGAUGCUCGUCCUUGAAAGUCAAAGUUGAGGGGUUUGAGCCCGAGUGUCUGUACAGCGGGGAAAAUUUUGGCAAGGUCCUGACCACGUUGCUGGCCGUCAACUUUGCUACACAAGAUAGUGUUGCAGAGAGGUCAUGUCCGCAGUCCGGCGCCCAAUCACUUAGUCAGACUGCGUCCUCACACACGACCUCCUGUGCCAAGUCCAAGGGCUCUCUGUGGAGACAGUCCAAGUCUGCGGAGAUGUCAGAAAAUGGCAGCAGCGGGCAGCUGAUGGUGAAGGCCCGCUUCAACUUCAAGCAGAACAACGAGGAUGAGCUGUCGUUUGUCAAAGGCGACGUCAUCGUCGUGAUGCGGCAGGAAGAAGGCGGCUGGUGGGAGGGCAACCUCAACGGCAAGACGGGCUGGUUCCCCAGCAACUACGUGCGCGAGGUCAAGGCCUGUGAGAAACCAGUAUCUCCUAAAGGAGCUCAGCUGACCAAAAGCUACUAUAGUGUGGUGGUGCAGGACAUCUUGGAACACGAGCGAGAGUUCGUCAAAGAGCUGCAAACGCUGUUGAGUGGUUACCUGCGACCGUUAAAAGCCAGCGAUAAGCUGAGCAGUGCAGACAGUGCCACCUUGUGUGGAAACCUGGAAGAGAUUCUCACCUUCCAGCAGGGCCUGUGUGUCUCUUUGGAGGAAUGUACAAAAGUCCCAGAGGGCCAACAGCGGCUGGCCGGAUGCUUCUUGAAUGUGAUGUGUCAGAUCAAGUCUCUGUACCUGGCCUACUGCUCCAGCCACCCGUCAGCUGUCUGUAUCCUCACUGAUCAUAGCGAGGACCUUGACAAGUUCAUGGAGAAUCAAGGAGCCAGCGCUCCGGGCAUCCUGACGCUGACCACCAGCCUCAGCAAGCCAUUCAUGAGGCUGGACAAAUACCCUACCCUGCUGCAGGAGCUGGAGAGACACGUGGAGGAAGCCCACCCAGACUUCUCUGACAUCGUAAAGGCCACAGCAGCAUUCAGGACCUUAGUGACGCAGUGCCAGGACCUGCGAAAGCGUAAGAACCUGGAACUGCAGAUCCUGUCGGAACAGGUGCGCAGCUGGGAUGGAGACAGCAUGAAGAGUCUGGGUCACGUGCUCUAUAUGUCCCAGGUUCACAUGAGGACUGGCUCCAGUGAGGACAAAGAUGAGCGCUACUUGAUGCUUUUCCCCAAUGUGCUAGUGAUGCUCUCCACCAGUCCGAGGAUGAGUGGCUUCAUUUAUCAGGGACGACUGCCACUAACAGGCACCACUGUAACAAGACUCGUGGAGGAUGUGGAUAUUGCACACUAUGCUUUUGAGAUCACAGGAAGCAUGAUGGAGCGUGUGACAGUGUUUUGCAGCAGUGCCCAGGAGCUGCAGGAAUGGCUCGAGCACCUGCAGCCAUUUAGUAAAGGAGGCAGCCCAGCAGGCACCAUCUUGAAGACUGUGGAGGGAAAGCCUCUUAGCAUGGUGGGCACCCCUACCCACUUGUCCCACCUUGGCAGCUUCAGCGCCCUCAGCCGUGGGCCCCUGGAACCACCAAAGAUGAGCAAGCCCUGGUCACUCAGCUGCCUGCGCCCAGCGCCUCCCCUCAAACCGUCGGCCGCACUGGGUUACAAAGAGAGGAUGUCUUAUAUCAUGAAGGACUCAAGCAAGAGCCCGCGGCCCAUGAAGAAGUUCCUGCCUGGAAAUAGGAAGAAGGACAGGAAGCCUUCAGAUGACGAGGUUCACACGAGGAGAAGCACAGUGGCUCUGGAGGAGGACGCUCAGAUCCUGCGGGUGAUCGAGGCCUACUGCACAGGAGCAAGCUCUCACUCCACCAGCACACCUGUGCGUAAAGAGUGUGGGCCUCAGGUGCUCCUUCCUGAGGAAGAAAAAAUCAUUGUGGAGGAGAUGAAGAGCAACGGGCAGACAGUCAUUGAGGAGAAGAGUCUGGUUGACGCGGUAUAUGCUUUAAAGGAUGAGGUCCAUGAACUGAAAAAGGAAAACAAAUGGAUGAAGCAGUUUCUGGAGGAGGAGCAAAAGUCUCGCAAAGAGCUGGAGAGAGUGGUGAGGAAGCUCGCAAAGCAGAAGAAUGACUGCACGUGGGACGACGGUGGAGGAGGCGGCGGUGGCGGCGGCCACUGAACGCACAACACGAUGUGUGUGUGUGUUUGUCUUUCUUUGUAUGAAUGUGUGUCAAGGUGCAGUAUGUCUUCGAAGAGGUGUACGUAAAGCCACAAAAGUUGCGGCACAGUCUAAAUGUAUAUAGCUCUUACUCUGACAGUGUUUCCCAAUCUUUAUUGAGCCAAGGCACAUAUUUUACAGGAGAAAAAACAUGUCAAGACACACCACCAAACAAGAAUGUCACAAAAAGCCUUUACAGAAUACUGAAAUAAUGAUGAUCAUGACUCAAUUUACUCACAUAUGUACUUCGUAUGUAAUGUGGGCUUUUUUAGUAGCUGUUACAGUGAAACCCCCGCUAUUCGGGGACCAAGCUCCCGCAAAUAACAUACAAACCCCAAUUCCAAUGAAGUUAGCACGUUGUGUAAAAUGGAAAUAAAAACAGAAUACAACGAUU